CCUUUGCCUCUGCUGUUCGUCCUCGCACAUUCAGAGCAGCACCACUCAGAGCUUAACCAUGAAAUUUGUGGCUCUUGCACUGACCAUCCUCUUGGCUGUGGGUUCCCAGGCCCAUUUCCUGCAGGCUGAUGCUCCUUCUCAGCUGGAGCACUACAAGGCAGCAGCCUUGGUGUACCUGACCCAGGUCAAGGAGCAAGCUCAGAAGGCCCUUGACAAUUUGGACGGAACCGACUAUGAGCAAUACAAGGUGCAACUUUCAGAGAGCCUGACUAAGCUCCAAGAUUAUGCCCAGUCCACCUCCCAGACUCUGACUCCCUAUGCUGAGACCAUCUCCAACCAGUUCCUGGAGAACACCAACCAGCUGCGCGAGCGUGUCAUGACUGACAUCGAGGGCCUCCGUUCUAAGAUGGAGCCCCACCGUGCAGAGCUGUACGGGGUGCUGCAGAAGCACUUUGACGAGUACCGUGAAAAGCUGGAGCCCUUCUUGCAGGAGUACGCCAACCUGAACCGUGAAAAUGCUGAUCAGCUGCGCGCCAAGCUGCAGCCCCUGUUGGAGGAGAUGAGGCAGAAUUUCGAGACCAACCUUGAGGAGACCAAGUCUAAACUCGUGCCGAUGGGAACCCACUGUGCCUCUGUUUGGCUGCACCUUUGA